AUGAGGAACCCUUUUUCUCGUUCAUCAGGGAAUGGUGAUGAUGCACCCUCAAAAAUUCACGGUUAUCGAGUUUACAUCGUGGCUCUCUCGGCCGCCUGGGCCUCGGCGAUGUACGGCUACGACUCGGCUUUUAUUGGAGGGACACUAGAGCUUCCAGCAUUUAAAACUUCUUUUGGUAUAGACGGGAAUAACUCAACCACUCUCUCAUCCAACGUAGUGUCGAUGUUUCAAGCGGGUGCAUUCUUCGGUGCCAUUUUUGGGUUCUUCUCCGCCGAGUAUUUUGGUCGGAAGCCCGUCAUUCUCGGAUCGGGUGUUGUCUUUACCAUCGGAUCAGGCCUCCAACUCGUGGGACGUAUCGAUGAGCUCUACGCCGGACGGGUGUUGACAGGACUAGGAGUCGGCGCAUCCUCCACCAUGAUUCCUGUUUACAUCUCCGAAUGCUCUCCAGCCCUCGUCCGCGGGCGCCUCGUCGGUUGCUUCGAGAUCAUGCUACAGGUGGCUCUUGUCUUCGGUUUCUGGGUUAACUACGGCGUCGACAAGAAUAUACCGAGCACAACUUCUGCCCAAUGGAGAAUCCCCGUCGGCAUCCAGAUGAUUCCAGCUGGACUGCUAUUGAUCUGUAUGUCAUGGAUGAUAGAAAGUCCACGUUGGCUUGCUAGCAAGAAUCGAAUCGUCCAAGCACAGAAAAACCUCGCUUGGGUCCGCAAUCUUCCAUUCGACCACCCCUACGUGGUCAAUGAGUUGGCCGAAAUCCAGGCUGCUGUCAACCAAGAACUUGAGAUGAGUGGUGGAGGACGGACACUGUCACACAUUGUGCGUGAAUGUGCUGCCCCCGGUGUCCGGAAUCGAAUCUUGAUUGGAGUGAUGCUGAUGCUGCUACAAAAUCUUACUGGAAUCAAUUCUAUCAACUACUACAGUCCAACCAUCUUCCGCUCGAUUGGAUUCACUGGAACCUCCGUCGGACUUCUAGCGACCGGAGUCUAUGGCCUAGUAAAAAUGUGCACAACAAUGGUAUUCAUGAUCUGGAUCGUGGAUCGGUUCGGACGUCGCGGUCCCUUACUAGUUGGCGCGAUCGGCGCAGCAGUAGCAAUGUUUUACCUGGCCAUAUAUUCCCAGCUAAGUCAAUCCUUCGACCAAGUUCCACCUAGCGACUCUGGGUCACGAACGGCGGUCGCAAUGAUCUACAUUUAUGCAAUUUUCUACGGGUUCUCCUGGAACGGCAUUCCCUGGAUAUUUGCAUCGGAAGUCCUUCCAACUCGUGUGCGGACCAUCGGGAUGAUGUCAUGUACUAUCGUUGCUUUGGUCUUUGCGUACUUGUUUGUUCCGGAAACGAAGGGGGUUCCUUUGGAGGAUAUGGGCAUCUUAUUUGGAGCAGAUGUUAGUGUCUUUGCUACGAAAGCCCGGAAGAAUUAUCUGGAAUUUCGACAGGCGGAGUCGAGGGUGGCUGCUGAAGCUCGGUUGGAGAAGCAGACUAGUUCUACCCAUGUGAUAAAUGUGUGA